CGCUGCCCUUGCUUUCUGGACUGCAGCUUCAAGUUUCUUCUGUCUUGUAUGCAUCUGUGUUUUCUUCCCUUUGGAAUAAAACCAAAAACUGUUUCUUACUCUUGUUGUUUUCUUGAUAAAAUCUCACUUCAGUAGGAAGAGACAAGUUCAACUGCAUACAACACACCCACAUUAGAUCCAACUUCACCUUAGAAUACAGCCAAAUACCAACAAAACAAACAUGGCUGCUUCUUCUUCCAUUUUCUUCAUAUUUGUUUGUAUACUACUCAUAUUAAUUGUACCCGUUGCACCGAAGAAUGAAACCGAUUUCAAGCCAAUGCAAGAGUUAAAAAAACUGAAAAGAAUCAGAAGUCAUCUGAAGAAGAUCAACAAGCCUCCAAUCAAGACCAUUCAGAGUCCUGAUGGAGACUUGAUAGACUGUGUUCUUUCUCAUCUUCAACCUGCAUUUGACCAUCCUAAGCUCAAAGGACAAAAACCAUUGGAACUGCCUUUGGAGAGGCCAAAGGGACACAACUCUAGUGAUGAAAACAUUGACACCUUUCAGCUAUGGGACUGCCCCAAAGGCACGGUUCCUAUCCGAAGAACUACCGAAGACGAUGUUCUACGAGCGAGUUCUCUAAAACGAUUCGGAAGAAAGGUCAUAAGGCGUGUGAGGCGUGACACAGCGAGUGGCGGUCAUGAACAUGCGGUUGCUUUUGUGAAUGGAGAUCAAUACUAUGGAGCUAAGGCCAGUAUAAACGUAUGGACACCGACCGUUACAGAUCCAUACGAGUUCAGUUUGUCGCAGUUAUGGGUUAUCUCUGGUUCAUUUGGCAAUGAUCUGAAUACAGUAGAAGCUGGUUGGCAGGUAAGCCCAGAGUUAUAUGGAGAUGGUUACCCUAGAUUUUUCACUUACUGGACGACUGAUGCAUACCAAACCACUGGAUGCUACAACUUACUAUGCUCAGGGUUUGUUCAGACAAACAACAGGAUUGCUAUAGGUGCAGCAAUAUCUCCAAGAUCAUCUUACAAGGGCAAACAGUUUGAUAUUGCCAUUAUGAUAUGGAAGGACCCUAAACAUGGACACUGGUGGCUCCAAUUCGGCUCGGGACUACUCAUAGGCUAUUGGCCAUCUUUCUUGUUUAGUCAUCUACAAAGACAUGCAAGCAUGAUACAGUUUGGAGGGGAGAUAGUGAACUCAAGGUCAAGGGGAUAUCACACCUCCACACAAAUGGGUAGUGGUCAUUUUGCUGAUGAAGGGUUUGGAAAAGCUUCUUAUUUUAGAAAUUUGAAGGUUGUUGAUUGGGACAAUAGCUUGCUUCCUCUAACAAAUCUCCAUCUAUUGGCUGAUCAUCCAAAUUGUUAUGAUAUUAAAGCAGGAAAAAACAAAGUGUGGGGGGAUUAUAUUUAUUAUGGAGGUCCUGGAAGGAAUGCAAGGUGUCAAUAAAUAAAAUUAUUUGGUCUAUAUUAUUUUUUGUCAUAUGGUUAAUUCUUUCCAUAUAUAGUAAUGGGAGUAUUUUGUUAGUUUCGAAUAUCAGUUUCUUAAUUUUAUGGUAGCUAGUUGUUAGGGUU